UAUAUAAAACCCCCCAAUUCUGACGCAGGGUUUUGUUUGCGCAUUCGAUCUCUCAAAUUCUCGGGCGCUUUGUGUUGUUGUUGCAGAGUGAGAGUGAGCAAGAGCGAAAUGGUUAUGGAGGAGGAGAGAAAGAUAGAGGAAGGUGCUUCCCUUCCAUCGGGACCAGACGCGAAGAAGAAGAGAGUCACCUACUUCUACGAACCAUCGAUCGGCGAUUACUACUACGGCCAAGGCCACCCGAUGAAACCCCACCGGAUGCGUAUGGCCCACAAUCUCAUCGUCCAUUACUCCCUCCACCGCCGCAUGGAGAUCAAUCGCCCCUUCCCCGCCGGCCCUGACGACAUCCGCCGCUUCCACUCCGACGACUACGUCGAGUUUCUUGCCUCUGUCACCCCUGAGACUCUCUCGGAGCCAAUCUUCGCCCGCCAGCUUAAGCGCUUCAACGUUGGUGAGGAUUGUCCUAUUUUUGAUGGUCUUUUCAAUUACUGCCAGGCCUCCGCCGGUGGCUCCCUCGGCGCCGCCGUCAAGCUCAACCGCGGUGAGGCUGACAUUGCUAUCAAUUGGGCUGGGGGCAUGCAUCAUGCUAAGAAGUGUGAAGCUUCUGGCUUCUGUUAUGUCAAUGACAUUGUGCUUGGUAUCCUCGAGCUUCUCAAAGUUCAUAGGCGUGUGCUGUACAUUGACAUAGAUGUUCACCAUGGUGAUGGUGUGGAAGAGGCCUUCUACACAACUGAUAGAGUGAUGACAGUAUCUUUCCAUAAGUUUGGGGACUUUUUCCCCGGCACUGGACACAUCAAGGACAUUGGAGUGGGCUCAGGAAAGCAUUAUGCUCUCAAUGUCCCAUUAAAUGAUGGAAUGGAUGAUGAAAAUUUCCGUGUUCUGUUUCAAGCUGUCAUUCAAAAAGUCAUGGAGGUUUAUCAGCCCGAAGCGGUUGUUCUUCAAUGUGGAGCUGAUUCCUUGUCUGGUGAUAGGUUGGGUUGCUUCAACUUGUCUGUGAAAGGUCAUGCAGAUUGCCUUCGUUUCGUUAAAUCUUUCAAUGUUCCUCUAAUGAUUGUUGGUGGCGGAGGAUAUACGAUUCGGAAUGUGGCUCGUUGUUGGUGUUAUGAGACUGCAGUAGCAGUAGGAGUGGAGCCUGAUAACAAGCUGCCUUACAAUGAAUACUAUGAGUAUUUUGGCCCAGAUUAUACUCUCCAUGUUGAUCCAAGCAACAUGGAGAACCUAAACACACCCAAGGAUUUGGAAAGAAUAAGGAACACUUUACUAGAACAGAUUUCCCGACUUCCCCAUGCUCCCAGUGCACCUUUUCAGACAACACCAUCAACCACAGAAGUGCCAGAGGAGGAGGAAGAGGGCAUGGAUAGAAGACCACAGUGUCGCAAGUGGAAUGGUGAAGAGUAUGAUUCUGAUUUUGAUGAAGAUGAAAAGGAUGACCUCAAGCACUCAAAAUUAACUGACCAUAUGAGGGAUGUUUCAAAUGACAUGGAAGAAGAGAAGCCAGUAGUGCAUCCACCAUCUUGAUGUUGAUGGAACAAUGCCAGUUCCUGCACAAGAUGUUUGUACUUUGUAUUAUGCUAUUUAAACAUGAACUAUUACGUUUAUGAGGGUGGUAAUUAUCGAGUUAAAAGAUAUUAAACAAUUCUCGAGAACGCGAAUAUAAUGUCACUGAUCACCGACGCAGGUGUAACAUAGAGAAACAUGGUUUUGGGCCCAAAUUGCCCCCAAGGUUUUUCAAACGCUCCAGAAUUUAGUUUCUGGAAAAUUAUAAUUUUCAUUAUACUUCUGAAACUUAGUAAUCUGCUGCAAGCUAUGAAAGCUACUUGUAAUUUUUGGGAAGGUUCCCUUUUAUAGAGAGAAAGACUGGGACUUGCAGUUUUUGCCCAUCA